UGGGAGGAUGGGAAGGGUUUUCUGUGAGUGACCAUGAUGGGAGGCAUGCUUAAGGCAACACUUGUGCAUGAUAAACAUUGGGGGUGAGGGAUGUCCUCACAGGGUGGAGCCUUUGUCUGCCAUGGAAGGGGGGUAGGAAAGGGAGGAGAGGAGGGAGGUUGUCUGUAGAAGGUGAGGUAUACAGAGUAAAGAGAGAAGAGGGAUGGUGAAGGGAAUUAGGGAUGCUAGCUAGACUCAAGAGAGGAUAAAUCCAGGAGAGACUUUAGAGGUCAGUAACUCAUGUUUCCUUUGCUCUGUGUAUGUUUUGUCCAGGGAGCUGAGGUCCAUUUCUUAAUCAGCACAAUCCAUGCCUGCUUCUUCUUCCCAUGGUGUGUGACUGUCUCUUACCCCCUUCUCCCACCUCUCCUGCCAACUUCAUUCUGUAUGGGCUGUUACGUUCUGCUGUCAUGGCUUUUGAGGUCACUGCCUACCGGUAUAGUACUUGCCAGCCCCAUAUUUGGCCUUCGAAGUGGGCACUCUUGUCAGUCACCUUUUCUUCUAGGUCCUGUUCAUUGCUGCUGGAGCCCUGGGCAUCUCCACUGUCACACUCAGGCAGGCUUGGGACAUAUAUGUUCCUAGUCAUGUUUAGGUUUAUCAUGGUGUCUAGAGUUAAUGGGGCUGGUAGCAUCUCAGGAAGGUCUUAAUGAUUUUGAACCCUCAGCUUUUUCCAUCAGCAAUCCAAUAGCCAGUGAUUGGUCCUCUGCCAGCACAUGCUUGUGACAAGAACCUAGGAUGAGUUAAAAGCCUCCCAUGUUCUUCGUAUUCAGCGGCUUCCCUUUCUGCUCCAAGGAACAAUAGGAGGACUGCAAUGACUCCCUGUCCUGGCUCUGAUCCUUAACUGUAGAUUUUGACUUGAUCCUUCUGCAAACUGUAGUAGUCCUUGCCACCUGGAUCUCAUCAGUGUGUCUAUGUCUAAAGUUCUCCUUGUUGAAGACCAUCCUCAUAUAUCUGGUUUUGAAUGCUAUAAUUGUAUAUGCUUAAUUGCCCUGGUCAGUCCCUCCAGCUGCCCCUGGGGUUGGUUGGGGUUUUGUCGAGUCCUUUUCACAAUGUGGAUAGAAGACUCUCCACCAGGGUGUGGAUAGCUUCCUCAUCUUCGGAAGGUUUCCAGUUUGGGGUGGUAUUGAAAAUCUCUAUAUCCUAUCAAGUGAUGUUGAGGGUAUAGUUUCCUUAGAGUUCUCACAAAGCUUGGAAAGUAGUGGUGGAACUGCCAUUGCCCUGUAGGUCUUUUUCCUACAGGGAAAAUGGUUCCGUGGGGAACCCAUGGGUGUGAAUGCCAGUGCCAUGGCUUGUAGACAACAUGAUCACUUCAAGUUAGUCUCCUAGGGCCUUCUAUUCUUCCUUGGCUCUCUAAGGGGACCCUAAUGGCUGCUAGAUUCUAAAUAUCUGGGCAUAAAAUAUUCUGUGUAUCCUGUCAGGAUUGGUGUGACUUGGAUGGUCAUCCACUUCUGAGAGAAAUCAGCAACCAGAAUGAAGCCAGGGGUCUACUUCUGUGCAAAGAACCAUCCUUUGGUCAAGGCUUGUUUGUAGGAGACUAUAGGGCACAGCCCUCUUACCCCAAAAUCAGCUGUGUUAACUCUUCAAGCCAUUAUAUUAAGACUCCCCUCUAGACUUCCUGAAUGCUCUCUUGUACCUUUACUGUUUUAUCCUGCUGCCUGGCAACUCCUGUAUGCUUAAGCAAGUUCUUGCUUUAGCUUUAGUGUCAAACCUCUCAUGUCUCAGACUGCUGACUUUGACACCAUAUAUAACUAUUAUGUAAGAGCUUUGACUAGCUGAUCCAGACACAACAACUCACUCAGAGUUGAUGGCUCAGAGAAAUGGAGGUUUUUACAAAACAAAAUUCAAGCACUGGACCUACCAGCUCUGACAAUGUGGAGUGCUACCAUUCAGUGAUAGCUCAUUGGACAUUGGAGGAGAAUAUUUUAGUUUGCUUUGUUGAGGGAAUUCUAGCAAUUAACAGAGAAAAAUGCUAGACUUAACAAUAGCAAUGACAAGACUUCCCAGUUGAAGGUAUACUCUGUCCCAGGUGUGGUACUAAAUACUUGACAUUCAAGAUUGAAUUUAGCUCUAAGCAUCAUACUGUGAUAUUAAGUAUUAUUUAUAUCCAUUUUAUAAGCAAGGAAAUGGAAGCUCCAAAAACUUAGGUACCAUGUCUAAUAAUAGAUAGCUGGCAGAGGCAGAGCCAAGAUUUAAAUCUAGCUAUGUCUGAUUCUGCUCCACUACCCUGUCCCUCUAGCCCAGCAUGCAGCACAGAAAGACCUUAUGUGGUUUCAAUGUCCUGUGACAUUUGUCCUGUUUCAUGUAACAGGAACUAUCUUUACUUUUCUUUUUUUCCCCCCUCUUUGGCCAAGAAGAGUACAAGACAGAUAAAGGACCUUCCCCAGGUGGUCCUUUAUCUGUCUUGUACCCUAUUUGGCCAAAGCCAAAGGAUGUGGAGAUUCCACUCCUACAACUCAGUGAGAGCCUUCCUGCCUAACUCUGUCUUUCAGCUGGAGGGAUUUGCCUUUGCUACAACUGAUGAUACAAUGAAGACUCUCAACAUUCAGACUGAGGCUGUAGUGGAGUGGCCUUGCCCCCCUUCAGACCCUAAUUAAAUGUUAUUUUGACAAGACAGUAAUCAUAACCUGUCUAGUUAAUGCUUAACUUGCUUAAAUAUUAUAAACUUAGAUAAUACAAUGGUGCCAUUUGAGGAAACUAGAUGAGGACUCAUUUUGACAUACUGAGUUUUAAGGGGCUGAUAGGCCAUCUCUGUGAGGAAGCCCAGCAGCCAAGUGCAGACAUGGACCAAAGAUUGGAAGGCAUCAGACUUUCAAGAAUUUGGGGAAUAAUUUGCAUAGAAAGUCUAGCUGAAAGUAUAAGAAUGAGUGAGGUCAUUUAAGUAUAUGUGACAAGGACUAAGGAUUGAUCCUUACACAGUUAGGGGCUAGAAAGGAAAAUAGAAGCAACCAAAGGAGAUAGAGAAGCAACUGUUAGGGGGAGGAGGGUAGACUUCUAAGAGAAUCAAGACGGGAUAUUUGAAGGAGGGAGUAAGUAAAAAAUAUCAGAUGCUGCAUAAAGGUUAGGAGGAUGAGCACUGAGAAAAGAGUCCUAGCUGAAAUGUAGUCUUAGGCACAGGGAUGGGAAAGUGUGAUUUGUUUUUUGGAAAUAAUAGGCCAUCUGGGUUUGGUCAGAGGAAAGUAUUCAUUUUGAGCAGUAUUAGGAAGUAAUUUGGGCUAAUGGGUUUAUAUUCUAGGCAAUGGUGAGUCAUUUUGUCAUUUUCUUAAAAAUUUAUCAACGCAGUGACUGAUAUUGUAGGAAUAUUAAUCUGCUGUGGAUAUGAGAGUAAACUAGGAGCAAGGCUAGGCAGUAUGGAGAGAAGGCAGUUACUGCUGUAGUUGAGAUGAGAGGUAAGAAGAGCCACCGUAGCAUGUAUUAUUAACCUUUGUCCACAGUACCCAGACAUCUUGGUACCCUCUUGCUGAGCUGUCAUCCAUCUCUUUUCUCAAGCUAGACUGCUCCCACUGCCACAGAUGAGAUGCUUGUGCCUUUGUGGGGCCUUUCAUUCCAGAAGACUGUAUUGACCCAGUGUUCCCUUUUUGGGAACCUCAGAUCACAUCUAAUUUUAAUGGGACUUAUGCAAGGCUCUUUUGGUAAAACAAAACCUUAUUUACUAACUAUAGUCAAUAGAUGAGCCAUCAGAAUGGGCCUGCAGUAUUUUUAUACUCAGGGGAUAUAGAUCUAUGUUGCUAUUCCAACUACCAUUGAUGUAAUCAGGCUCCAGCAACACUACAUACCUUCCCUAGUGAACUAGAGGUAUUGUGUCUGGUUCUUCUAAGCCAUAACUUUGAUUCCUGACCAGCCAGACUUAACUUCCCUGCCAGUUUCCGGUUGAAGUCAACCCUGGUUUUCGUUUUUAGAUGUUAUCUUGAAGGCUGUCUUCAUGCUGGAUGCUCAGGAUGUGUCCAGUUUCCAGCAGGUUGAAAGACUUGAGAAUGGCCGGGGGAAAUGUCCUUUUGAGCCAGCUCAGCGGUCAGCAGCUGUAAUGGCUGGGGGGGUCCUCUAUGCUGCCACUGUGAAAAACUACCUGGGGACGGAGCCGAUUAUCUCCCGGGCUGUGGGUCGCACAGAGGACUGGAUUCGGACAGAGACCUUGCCGUCCUGGCUUAACGCCCCAGCCUUUGCUGCUGCCAUGGCCUUGAGCCCAGCUGAGUGGGGGGACGAAGACGGAGAUGAUGAGAUCUACUUCUUCUUUACGGAGACCUCCCGAGCAUUUGACUCAUAUGAACGCAUUAAAGUCCCACGGGUGGCCCGUGUGUGUGCGGGGGACCUCGGGGGCCGGAAGACCCUCCAGCACAGAUGGACGACUUUUCUGAAGGCUGACCUGCUAUGUCCAGGGCCUGAGCAUGGCCGGGCCUCCAGUAUCCUGCAGGAUGUGGCCAUUCUUCGGCCUGAGCACAGAUCGGAGACCCCCAUCUUUUAUGGCAUCUUUUCCUCCCAGUGGGAGGGAGCAGCUAUCUCUGCUGUCUGUGCCUUCCGACCACAAGACAUUCGGACUGUGCUGAAUGGUCCCUUCAGAGAGCUGAAACAUGACUGCAACAGGGGACUGCCUGUCAUGGAUAAUGAUGUACCCCAGCCCAGACCUGGAGAGUGCAUCACCAACAACAUGAAGCUCCAGCAGUUUGGCUCAUCGCUCUCCCUGCCCGAUCGUGUGCUUACCUUUAUCCGGGACCACCCCCUCAUGGACAGGCCAGUGUUUCCAACCGAUGACCAUCCCCUGCUCGUCACUACGGAUACAGCCUAUCUCAGAGUUGUGGCCCACAGGGUGACCAGCCUCUCAGGGAAAGAGUAUGAUGUGCUGUACCUGGGGACAGAGGAUGGACACCUCCACCGAGCAGUGCGCAUUGGAGCCCAGCUCAGUGUCCUGGAGGAUCUGGCCUUAUUUCCAGAGCCACAGCCAGUUGAGAGUAUGAAAUUGUAUCAAAACUGGCUCCUGGUGGGCUCCCGUACGGAGGUGACACAAGUGAACACAACCAACUGUGGCCGUCUCCAGAGCUGCUCAGAGUGCAUUCUGGCCCAAGACCCUGUCUGUGCCUGGAGCUUCCAGCUGGAUGCAUGUGUGGCCCAUGCUGGGGAGCAUGGCAGGCUGGUCCAAGACAUAGAAUCAGCAGAUGUCUCUUCUUUGUGUCCCAGAGAGCCUGGAGAACACCCAGUAGUGUUUGAAGUUCCUGUGGCUACAGCUGCACAUGUGGUCUUACCAUGUUCCCCAAGUUCAGCAUGGGCAUCCUGUGUCUGGCACCAGCCCGGUGGAGUGACUGCACUUACCCCCCGGCGGGAUGGGCUAGAGGUGGUGGUGACCCCAGGAGCCAUGGGUGCUUAUGCCUGCGAAUGUCAGGAGGGUGGGGCAGCCCGUGUGGUGGCUGCUUAUAGCUUGGUGUGGGGCAGCCAGCGGGGCCCCGCAAGUCAGGCCCACACAGUGGGGGCUGGACUGGCUGGCUUUGUCCUGGGGGUUCUUGCAGCAUCCCUGACUCUCCUUCUGAUUGGUCGGCGUCAGCAGAGACGGCGACAGAGAGAACUUCUGGCUAGAGACAAGGUGGGCUUGGACCUUGGGGCCCCACCAUCUGGGACCACGAGCUAUAGCCAGGACCCUCCCUCUCCUUCUCCUGAAGAUGAGCGGCUGCCCCUGGCCCUGGCCAAGAGGGGCAGUGGCUUUGGGGGCUUCCCUCCACCCUUCCUACUUGAUCCUUGCCCAAGCCCAGCCCACAUUAGGCUUACUGGGGCUCCUCUAGCCACAUGUGAUGAAACAUCCAUCUAGGGCAAAUGACUGCUAGUAACCCCUGGAGGGGAAUGACCAUUGAGGUGCUGGGGGUACUGGGCCUGGAAGAUGGUCAUGGUCUCUGAGCUCUCUUUGGUCUUUGCAUAAUCACUUACACUUCAGUCUGCCCUCUCUGGACCUGGCUGGGUUCGGGGCCAAGCCUGUGCUUGAUUGCCUGAUUCCCAUGAGAGAUCAGAGCUGCUAGCUGCAGUGAAUCAGGACUUUCCCCACCUCUGCCCUCUGAACCGGUGUGACCCAUUCAGCCUUGGCCCCCUAUCUUGGGCCCAUUAGUUUGGGGUUGGGGAACAGGACAUAGCUCUGACUUUGCCUUCUGGUGGGGCCUGGCUGGAAGGAAGAGCACUAAAGGUGGUGGGGGGCUAGUGUGCAUUAAGUCCUUUCAUUCAUUCUCUUAGUUUACCUGAUUCUCUGUGGGGAGUGCAUGAUCCCCAUGUUGCAACAUGAAAUCUCUGCCCUGAGAUAUCCCCAACCCCAGUUUUCCUUCUUCCAUGAAAGUGUGUGUAAAUACACAGGUGUUCAUAGGAGGCCUGGCCACGUGCAUGAACCACUGGGGCAUUGCUCAGGUGUACUCAAGGUGGGACCAGGUGCGAGAAGGUUGGAAUGGAGGCCUUGCCAGACCCUGUAGCCAGUGAAAGAAUGCCUUUCCUUUCUAAAAGGAAACAAACCACCACCCCAUCCCCAUCACCUUCCACAACCCUUCUCUUGAGUAGAGGAAAAACUCUCAAAGUGACCUUCUGGGUGGCAAGGACAGCGAUACAUGUGAUCCCAUCAUUCUCUUUGUUUUUGUCUCCUGGCUGCCACCACUGCCACACACAGCUGUUCCUUUCUCUGACUGGAGUUAAAGGCUGGACUCCCUUCUUUGGCUCCCAUUAAAAAAACUUUGUAACAUUCUUAAGUAUUAAGGGACAACAAAAAGGGAACGGUCCUAGGAAAUAGAAAUUGCAUAAAAAUAGGUUUGUAUCAGUGACUUUACUCAGGUUGACACCCUUGCCCUAAGUCAGAAGUUCUCCAGCUGGGGUCCAUGGACUCCCUGAAAUCGUAUGCAAAAUAUUGUCUGUACACGUGAAUCUAUUUUUAUGGGAUGUGGGGGUGGGUGGGUAUGGCUUUCAUCAGAUUCUCAAGGCCUUAACAAAGUAGAAGGACCCUGCCUCCAGGUCACCACAGUGGCUAAGCUGAGGGGGAGCCACUCAGUGGCAGUUCUUCCCACCCCGCUGUCCCUUCCCUGGGGUCAGCCCCUGGACUUGCAGCCGCCGGAAGCCCCCUUGUAUCUCCGGUCUCUGGAAGCUGGACUCGGCGUGUAUCUGAAGAUAUUGUCGACUUCUGCCAAACAUAGAGACCUCUUCCUGCUUUACAGCUCCCAGAUGCUCUAGGCUUCUGCUCUGUUCUGGUCUUGGCCCGAGUAUGUGCCUCAUUCAUCCCUGCUGGGGGACCCCCUUGAGCUCCAGUGAAUGAUCCAGCCCUUCCCAGUUGAAGUUUUCAGCUCUACUUUCCUUGGCAGCAACCUGUGAACUAUUCAAAAGAGUCCCCUUGGGUUUAGGAUUAUCAGUGGUUUUGCCAUUAAUGAGUGUUAUGAUUUUUAGCAAGUAAUCUAAUGGAGGAACAUCGGUUUUGCCAUUAAUGAGUGUUAUGAUUUUUAGCAAGUAAUCUAAUGGAGGAACAUCGGUUUACAUCAUUGGGGGAUAAUAAUACCUACCUCAGGGUUGCUGCAAGGAUGAAAUGGGGAAACAUGUAAACAAUAAAGCACUAUCUAUACCA